GAUUUUCUUUUCCUGUUCCAAAAAUCUAAACGAUGCAUGUUUGUUUCCGGUUGUUUAAAACAAAGGCAGCACUGGCUUGUCUAACAGGGAGAAAAAAACGUAACUGUUGUGUUAUGGCGUGGAGCUGGGAGGGCUGAUUACUGAGCAGCCACUCGGCACAUAAAUACACACCCCCUGUUACAGAGCGCAACACUAAAGCCAGCUCGCCGGUAGGAAGAGCAAAAAGCUGCCCUAACUUCUCAUAGCUGGAACUCCUGUACCGAGGACAUUGUGAGACACGUCACUUUCUGAAAAACAGGUUUGCUCAGUGAAAUCCACUACUGCAUCCACCAUACUGCUGAAAAAGAUCCCUCCCCACUGUGUGUUUUCGAAGGGCCAUGCAACCCCUGAAGAAGUACUUCACUGAAGGCCUAAUUCAGGUGGCCAUUGUCCUCAGUUUAGCUGGGAUGCAUGUAGAUGUGGAUCCUUAUCUUCCUCCUCCACAUAACAUCAAUAUCCAAAGCCCAGAUCUGACCCAGACCCAGUCCAACAACUUCCAGAACUCUCCAGAAGGAUAUGGUCUCCACAUGAAGAGUCCAGAUCUGGAGGCCUAUGUCCCAAGUCCCAGGUUGUUGCAUUGGGUACGCUCUCUGCAGCACCUGCACAUUCCAACAGCGUAUCUCGAGGCCUGGCUGGUCCACAGCGAGUCUGACAACAGCGGGAUGACUAUACCUAGCCUAACUGGUUCCUGGGAUGGUGGUGAUGAGCUGGUGGACAUGGAGGACUCAGCAAGUUUGACCAUGAGGCUGGGAGGUGGAGGGAUUGGAGAAAUGGGGCAUGAUGCAGUUAUGGAUGAUGGAAGUUUGGAGGUGGAGAACCCACUCUCAAGAAGUCAAAUGGAUAGUGAAGACAUUAAAGAGGAAGCAGAUGCAUUUUCACUAUGGCAACAAGAACUCAACCAAAAUACCCACCAGGAUCAGCUACUUCAAGGACAAAAUCAAUACUUCAGUCUGCUUAAUGAAGACGACGAGGAUGAGUUCAUGGUGGACAGAUGGCGGCAUGCAAACCCAUUUCAUAACCCUGUGACCAGCAUGCAAGGGGAUGUACAGUUUGCAGGUUUACAGGAGGAUAACUCUUCAUUUACUGAGGAAUGUCUGCAAUUACUGGAGGCUGGUUCCCGCCUACGACAUGAUCAAUAUUUGGCGGAUCUUGAUCCAGUGAGAGCUGAUGAAGACCCACUGCAACACCACAGGUCUGUUUUCUCCCCUCUGUUACCUCAGCAUGAGCCCGUACUGGACCUAGAACAGCAAUGGCAAGAUGUUUUGGCUGUCUUGGGACCACAGGACAUGAAUGCAGAUGACUUAUUGGGCAGUUCUCACCCCAAUGACGGGGAAGGAGCAAGAGAAACAGGAACUUUGGAGAAUACCAUACUGCAAAAUCUAAGCCUUCAUCAACCUAAUUUUCCAAGAUCCAGUCAGAUCUCAUUUGCAGGCAACAUGGCCAUCAGAGAAGACAGUUACCUUUCUAACCAGAACGAUACCCCUUUGAAUGUUUCAAACUCCUCUACUGUAGAUUUGAAUUGUAAUGACCCUGACAUCAUAGACUUUCUCCUUUCUCAUACAUCAGACAGCUCAAACAUCAGUAUACCCAGCUUCUCUAUAGAGGAACCAAGUCAGUCAAGUCUUUUUGGUCCUCUGUUGAAAGAAUCCAUGCUUGAUGAGAAUGUUCUGUUGGAUCUAGCACUGGAGAACGGAUCUGGCCAGUCAGAGGUUUUCCAAAAAGACGACCAAACAGACUCUGACUCUGGACUCUCCUUGGACUACAGCCAAAGUCCCGUUUCCCCAAGUAGAUCUGAAUCCUCAUGUAGCUCAUCGUCCUCCAGCUCGGCAUCAUCAGUGUCAUCGAUAUACUCAGUUAAUGAGGAGGGGGCUGUAGGAUACACCCACAUCAAAGAGGAGCCAAUGGAUGAGGAAGGAGCUGUUGGAGGUUACACCCCAGAACAAAACAAAAUGUGCUACACAAAUCACCUGCAAUUCCAAUAUUCACCUUGGCUUGAGCAUAUAGGCCAUGAUCACACCUACAACCAGCCCCAAUAUACCAACCAAAGAAAGCCUCCCAAAGAGCACUCAGAAGAGCCUCUGGAAUAUAAACUCCAAGACAAGCUAUGUACCAGGGAUGAGAAGCGAGCACGUGCCCUGAGGAUUCCAUUUUCAACUGACUAUAUUAUUAACUUGCCUGUUGAAGAGUUCAAUGAGCUCCUUGCCAAGCACCGCUUAAGUGAGGCUCAACUCACACUUAUUAGAGACAUUCGUCGUAGGGGCAAGAACAAAGUCGCUGCGCAAAACUGUCGUCGCAGGAAGCUGGAUAUCUUACAGGAUUUGGAACAUAGUGUUGAUGGCCUGCGGCGACACCGUGCAAGACUGCUCAGGGAGAAAUCGGAAGUUCUGCGCUCAGUUAGAGAGAUGAAACAACGCCUUAAUGACCUCUAUCAAGAGGUGAGGAGUAGACUAAGGGAGGUGGAAAGGAUUCCCUGCUCAGCCAUGGACUUUCCUCUGCAACCGGGCAAUGACAGCCAUGUUUCAAAAUCCAGACGGAAGUCUGGCAAGAAGCAGAAAGACAAGGAGUGAAGAUAAGACUGAGUAAUUCAUGCUCUGUUUGCGCCUGCAAGCCAGACGUUGCAAGAUUCAAUGGAGAGGUCGUGAUAGAAAUUACCUAACCAUUCUUUUUACAGUGGAGUUGACUUCUGCUGUAAUUUAGUGGCUAAAAAUACAUCCAGCUGCAGUUAAGUGAUGUGGAUGGAUAAAGGUGUGCAGUUGAUCAUAAGGAAGCAAAGCAUCCACAUUAACAGACAUGUAUUUUUAUCAGUAAAUCAGUGUUUGUAAUUUACAACAAACCUCAAAUCUCCAUGAAAAUGGAGAGAUUACUGGAGAAUAACACUGGAUUAAUCCGGAAGUAGUGGGGUCUGGGCACCUCAAGUGGGUCUGUGAUUUUUUUUUUUUUCUUAGAAUGGAGGAAAUUACAAACCAUCAUUAUCAAAAUUAUAUUUAUUAUUGAGUUCUUACAGUUAUUUGUCCAUUAAAUCUGUCUCAUUACUUCAGUAAAUUUGACCCAAAUCUCAAUAAAUUAAAAACAAGUGGGCCUAUAAAUAACGACAACCUGAAUCUAAUAUAGUAUGUUCUAUGUUCAGUGGAACAUUCAGGAAUGAAAAGCUCUCUGUCUACAAUAAAUAGCUAUAACAUUAUUAUACACGUGUGAAUACUGAGCAUAAUAUUACUGUGGUGCUCAUAAAAUAAAUCUGCCGGGUCUGUGAAAUGUAUUUUACAGUUAAAGGGGUCCCUGGUUGCAAAAGGUUUGAGAGCUCCUGUCCAUUCUCUGGUUUAGGAGAACAGGAAUGGAAGAACUGUAAAACAAGUUGCUAUUUUAGAAGAUUGGAAUAAACAAGUAAAAAGUCAUGGAUCCCAGAAUUAAUGCAGUGUCUAUCCUUGCCUUACUGUCGGUCAGGCUUUAGGUCUAGUCCAGGUGUUAUUCAGUGGUGUUAUCUCUAGAACCAGUUUUGUGAUUCAACAAACAUUUUUAAUAAUGUCACUGGUUAGGCACCAUGUUUAGGCAUUGUGCUUAUUUUUUACUUGUUUUCUACUUUCUCUGGUAUACUGUAUGAAUCAGAGACCUUAACAUUGUAUUGAUCAGAGUUUUGCAUAUGCCCUAUGACAUUUUCAUACUUUUUGUGUGAAUUAUUGAAGACAAGCUGGGCUUGUUUUCUGUGUUUGAUUAAAGAUAUUAGAUACCA